AUGUCUCUCAAGGAUAUGGAGGUUUAUGAGUACAAACGUUUUCACCAAUCCAAGCGGCAGACCCAGCAGAGCAGCAAUCCCAACGAAGUGUCCAGAAGCGUGGACAGAAUCGUCUUGCGUCCCAAUUACGACAACAAGACCAAUGACAACGACAUUGCUAUGCUGAGACUCAGUUCCCCCGUUCAGUUUACUAACUUCAUCAGACCGGUUUGUCUGGCAGCCAGUGGCAGUGUGUUCAACAAUGGCACCGACAGCUGGGUAACUGGAUGGGGCAGCAUUGGAGAAGGUGUUGCUCUCCCAUUCCCCGAGACCCUACAGGAAGUGGAGGUUCCAGUGGUGGGUAAUAGACAGUGCAACUGCCUGAACGGAGCUGGAACGAUCACAGAGAACAUGAUCUGUGCUGGUCUACUCGCUGGCGGAAAAGACUCAUGUCAGGGUGACUCAGGAGGUCCAAUGGUGAACAAGCAGCAAACGGUUUGGGUCCAGUCUGGGGUCGUCAGCUUUGGGUUUGGUUGUGCUCGACCUGAACUCCCUGGUGUUUAUUCAAGGGUGUCCCGCUACCAGUCCUGGAUCGGCUCCCAGAUCCAGAGCGACCCACCAGGCUUUGUCACAUUCUCCAUAGCAGAUAAUGCGCCUCCUGGCUCACUUUCACUCUCUUUCCUUCUCUUCAUGAUAUCAGCCUUUGUCUCUCUAUGUUGGUAG